AUGGAGAGACGGUUUGAGAGCGACCGACAUACAAUAAUGCCUCCAAAUUUUUUUGUUUCUCAUGCUUUGGAAGAAGGACAGGACUGGAGGGCGUUUAUGGCUGGUAUUGCUACAUACCCCAACUUCAUGGUUGCUUGGUGGGAUGUUGAUACGGUCUUAUUGCCGAUUCAUUCAUCCCCUAAUCAUUGGCUAUUUGGGGAACUACGAUUAGCGUCAAUGGAAGUGCAUAUUUAUGACAGUCUUGGUAGAGGUGCUUAUGAAAAAUUCCAAUCCGAAGGAAUCUUUUCCAAAUUUGAACGUCGGGUGGCAAAUUAUUUGGACAAGAUUAAGUAUUGGGCGCGGAGGAACAUCCCAAGGAUUCCAUUGAAUAUGCAAUUCAUUUAUGAAGAAAACGUUCCCCAACAAAGUAGUCAUUUGGGAGAUUGCAGUGUUUUUCUUUGUAUGUUUAUGGAGCAAUUGGUUUCAGGUCAACCAAUACGUGUUCUUAUUGACCCAAAGAACGCAGCUUUAGAGUUCCGUCUCCGGAUGACAAAAAUUAUUUGGGGGUCUAGUCUUGCUCCUCUGUAG